AGGCAUGCUUUCCUUUAUUUGGCAGUAGCAGGGUGAGAGAUGAGCAGAGUUUAGCACAAGAGUCAAGUCUUCACACACUCUUCCUGCUGAAACACAACAUCCCAUUAAUCCAGUGAUCUGUUCAUCUUUCUACAAGCUUCAGUUCCAGAUAUGGAGGUUGAUCUUCUGGGCCUCUUCCUGUUGGCCUCAGCAUUAACCGUCUCUAUGCAAAGUACUCCUCAUGAGAAGCAAGAUUCUCUCUCCAGAUGGUCACAAAAUUCUGAGGAGAAGGAUGAUGAGUUCCCAAAGAUAAAUGAGGUUAAUGAUUCCAUUUUGCCAACAUUCUUCCCCUUCGAGGCUAGUAGUCCAGAACCAGGGGAUGAGGAUGUAAGCAAGGAGACGUCAAAUGGUGGAGAUGGAACAGAUGAAGUAUAUUCAGUAAAUUUGGAGAUGUCUGAUGGGAGGAGCAUUCCUGUGCUGCUGAGUGAAGAGAUGCUCGCUCAACUUAUAAAGGAUUCUGAGGAAGAGCAGCAAGAUGUGGAGAAAGAUGAAGAAGAUAGUGAUGAAGAUGACAUAGGAAAAGCAGUGGAUACAAAUGAGGAGAGUGUGGAGAUAACACCGGAGUCUAAAAAUGAUGGAGAAGAACAGCAACAGCAGCAAAAAGAGAAAGAUGUGGAAGAAGAGGAGGUGGGGAGUAGCACAGACUUGGAUAUACCAGUAGAUUUAGACUAUGCUGUUGACAGAGUAUCUACAGAAACUCAAAACACCAAGCUGGAGGAGAACAAACCUUUAACUAUUAGGUUUGGAGAGGAAGAGAAUGGGGACAAUGAACUUCCCACAGUCAUGGAAGACUAUGAUACCCAGCCCGAUCAAGAUUAUGAGGAUCCCAAAGGACGCCAAGAAAAAACAUUUGACCAAGCUAUAUCUACUGAAAAUUUCCAAGAUGAGCAGAUCCUUCCAGGUCCUGAGACUGACAAAAGCAACACAGAUGAAGAUGAAGAUGAGGAGAGUAUGGAGCUGACAGAAAAGAAACUCUCUGAGGAAAAAGAGGGAGAGAAGGACACAAAUGAAAGCCAUGCAAAAGGAAACAGCAAGAAACAGACGAAGAGCAAGAGACUGAGAAAAGCACAGAGUGACCAGGCUUUGAGUGGUGAGGUGACCUCAGAGCUGUCUCAAAACCAAGAGCCUGAGAAAAAAGAGGCAGAAAUCACACUCAACAUGGUGCAGAGGAAGUGGGGGAAAUGGGCUUCCCUACUGGGAAUGAACCCUGUGCAGAUCAGGGCUGCAGUGGAACUUUUCCCCAGAAUCAGACCCACAGCUCGACCCAAAUCCAGACCUGGAACUGAUCCAGGACAGGAAGCUUCGGUUGACUCAUGUGAGAACUUCCACUGUAAGCGAGGGAAGACAUGCAAGCUGAACGAUAAGAAGCAGCCCAGUUGUGUGUGUCAGGAACCUGCAGACUGUCCUCCAAGUCUCAGUGAGUUUGACCAUGUGUGUGGAACAGAUAACCAGACCUAUGACUCAUCCUGUCAGCUUUUUGCCAUCAAGUGCAGCCUUGAGGGCAGCAAGAAAGGUCACAGACUACAUCUGGACUACACCGGCUCCUGCAAAUUUAUUCCACCAUGUCUGAAGACAGAGCUGAUACAUUUUCCACUGCGCAUGAGAGACUGGCUGAAGAAUGUGCUGCUGCAGCUCUAUGAACAAGACUUCCUUACACCCAAGCAGAGAUCCAGAGUUCAGAAGAUGUAUGAGAAUGAGAGGCGUCUCCAUGCGGGCCAUCACCCUGUCGAGCUCUUGGCUCGGGACUUUGAGAAGAAUUACAACAUGUACAUAUAUCCAGUGCAUUGGCAGUUUGCACAAAUGGACCAACAUCCAUCAGACAGGUUCCUGUCUCACUCAGAGCUUGCUCCUCUGCGUGCCCCUCUGGUUCCUAUGGAGCACUGCACUUCAGUUUUUUUCCAUGAGUGUGAUGCAGACAAGGACAAGCUGCUCUCUUUCAGGGAGUGGUGCCAGUGUUUUGGCAUCAAGGAUGAGGACAUGGACACCAAGCUGCUGUUCUGAAUGAAGUUGGUUGCCUUCAGACUGAUACAGCUAGCAGAACGUCCUUCAGAGACGAGAAAGAAGACUCUUUUGAAAGAGUGAAAGAGUUAAAAAGUGAAUGCUCCGACUUUUUAUGUCUCUAGUGGAAGGACAAGAAUGUUUUGUCUCUGACUAUGCGGUUGAAGGAAGCAGUUGUGUUGAAUGUAGUUGCUCUAAAACUGAUAGUAGAAGAAAAGCAGUCUGUUUGACAGUAGUUUUUUCUAUUUUAAUAUGGAUAAAAGAGAAAUGAUGUCUUUUAUAUGCAUUCCACCAGGGGAAAAGUUUACAACUCAGCAGCUAGUAAAUAGGUGUGGUUUUAAAUUGAGAUGGUUUUGGGUUUUGAGCAUUAAAUUUAAAGAUCUUUGAAGGGAAACAACCUAUUGCACCCAUAAAUGUUAUAAAACAGCACCCAUAGAAUCUGUUAAAUGAACAUAUUCUGUUUCAAGAUGAUUUCAUAAAGUAAAGGAACUGAUUGAGCUUUUUAAACUAACAGCUAAUGUGUUUAUUAACA